UGUGAUUCUAGGGACCGUAAUGUGAUGGACGGUGUAGAAUCCGAUCGCCUGGACAGCGAGAUUUUCAAACGUUUUCCUUUGCUGCUGCCGAUGAACGAAGGCUGCACAGAGUACAAGGGUUUCCUCAAGAUACUGGACGAAGACUUCUUUGUCCAUCUCAGCAUCGGAGACGUCCACAAUCCCGACACGUACUGCCUCAGUGGCGUCUGGGACCUCCAGCAACUCAUAGUUUCGUCGGGCAAAAACUUUGACGAGCUGUUCUCGAAAUGCAAGUCGGCCAGUCACUUCCUGAUGGAAUUUUGCAACAUGAUGGAAAUUGUUCUGCAGUCGAGGAAGAGAUGCCGGACCUUUGAUCCCGCGCCCGAAAUAUUCAGCCGGAUAAUGGCUGAUGUGGAACAGUGCGGAUGGGAAAACCUCGAGCAUAUCAACGUGUCUGGAGAUGAAAUUCACUUGAAGUACAUUGAUCAGAGAAAGAGGAAGCACAUGCUGAAAAUUCAUUUUUCUGAGGCGUUCCCUGUCGAUGAACCCAUGGUUGAGCCUGACCUUCCUAUUCAACUGGAAUUCUUCUGGAACAGUGAUGGUACAUUAAGCACAAUUUACCAGAAGUUCAAGGAGGAGGUUGAAAGGCUUCAAGAGUUCUGGGCUGUGAUGGACGACUUGGACUCAAACUGCUGGGUUCUUGACCCAGCCAGUCCGAGACAUAGCGACUGCUAUCGAAGGAUUGCACUUGGAAACAAUGUCUCCGUAGCCGUAGUGGUGCAACCCAGAACACCAACGGCUUUUCCAAGACUUGAAUUCUGUGGUCCCCACAGAGCUGUGAGUGCCCACGAAGCAUCAGUUGAAGAGAACAAGUGCAAAUGGGACAGCAGUAACACGAUAAGCGCAAACUUGGCAUCACUUCUGGGUAUGGAACUGCCAUCUCGAAGCUCCGCCCAGCCCCCAGAGGAUGUCGACUGCGCCUGCGGCAUCUGUUACUCCUAUCUCCUGGAAGGUCACAUUCCAGACAAGCUCUGCCAGAGCUCUCGCUGCAGCAAGCCGUUUCACCAGUCAUGCCUUGCUGAAUGGAUGCGCUCCCUGCCCUCUGUCAGGCAGAACUUUAACAUGUUCUUUGGAGAAUGCCCCUACUGCUCUGAGCCCAUGUCGUGCAAAAUGUGAAGACCCGGUGAAUAAAAUAUUUUUUAUAUGUUGUCAUUA